UGAAUUAUUUAUACCACUUUAUCUGGAACUAGCAGAGCAACAAGGAAGUCUGUCAGUUUAUAAGAGGAGAGGCUUGCAAGCAAAAGGAAUGCAGUAACGCACAGCAACCAAGCCAUUGCUAUUCCUUAAACUUGCGACUGGAUCCACAAUGGCACUGACUGGGGACAGACUGCACCGCUCCACCUUAAAGGUUUAUGGGAAUAUAAUGGAGCAGCUCAACCCCAGUUUACAGAAGCUUGUCACACUGGGGAAUAACUACAUUCAAGCUUUUCAAGCUCUGGCGAUGGCCAGUGAUGCUUAUUUUGGAGCCCUGGGGAUGAUCGGGGAGCAGGCACUGCAGACCAUGGCCUCCAGAGAACUGGGGGACGUUUUGAUUCAGAUCUCAGACAGCCAGAGACUACUGACCUCUGACCUGGGGGGAGUUUUUCGCUGGUUUCACGCUGAAGUGCUGCAGGAAAUGGACAAUAAUGUCAAACUGGACAAGGAUUAUAUUGCUGGCAGCAGGAGGCGCUAUGAGCUAGAGUUCAGGAAUCGAGUGGCAUGGCUGGAGAAGCAGCAGACCCAGCUGUGGGCAUCAGAGAAACGCAGGGGCAGGAACCAGAGAGACCUGCAGGAGCAAACAGAGAAUCUGCAGGGGGAGGUCCAGGGCUUCCUGAGAGACAGCGUGCAGGAGGCUGAGAGGGAGGAGCAGAGACGCUACCGAUUCCUGGCAGAGAAACACUGCGGGCUGAGCCAGUCUCUGCUGUACCUGCUGAGCAAGGUAACUAACCCGGACACUGUCCUGAGCAAGACUGCGGGAGCGCUGCAGCAGCAGGCGGAGGUGUGGAGAGAGAGGGUGAACGAGAGCCGAUCUGGUUCGAAAGUGAAAGCGGGAGCCCGCGGGCCAGCUCAGAGCAGACCCCGCACCCCCUCGGGGAGACACACCCCCACCCCUGCCUUCCAGGACAACAUGUCCCGGAGUUCCACAGACGGCUUCCGUCCCAUCCCCCAUUCUGGAGAGAGAGAGCUGGAGAGACAGCACCAGGGGAGAGAGAGCACUCACAGCUCGAGACCGCCCUCUAGAGGGCCCUCUCCUCACCACUCCGGUUCCCGCUCUCGCUCCAGCUCUCUGGGGGAGGCUCUGGGUGUGAAUGGUGGUCAGCGCUUUCAGGCCGUAGCCUCCCACUCUGCUGGCUUGAAUCCUACCCUGCUGAACUUCCACAGCGGAGCCCUGAUCACCGUGCUGGUGCCCGUGCCUCGGAACGGCUGGCUGUACGGCAGAGAGGAGGGCAGCGCAGGGCAAGGCUGGUUCCCUGCUGCCUAUGUAGAACCCAUAGGGCCAGAGCAAGAGACAGCACAGAGCAGAUCGUGGACUCUCAGAAGCAGCCAGAGCACCGGAGAUCUCCUCAACGAAGCCGCUCCUCGACUCCAGGAUUCACGCAAUGGGGCCCCGCCUCCUGCCCCUCCCCUUCCCAGCAAUCCUUCGAUGAAAUUGGUUGAUCAGCGCUCUGCCAUGCCCUCUUCUAGAAGCAGACUGCAGAGUGAUGCAGAUGACAAGAGAUCAUCUGACCUUGGGAGCCGGCCGGAGUUAUUUCCACGUGGCACGAAUCCAUUUGCUACAGUAAAACUGAAACCCACAACAACCAAUGACCGAUCAUCACCUCGGACAAAAUAACCUGGAGAGACGCAAUGAGGAACCACACAGAGACCCCUGUCCCACAGGCAGCGCCACAGAGAAGAGCUCCAUGUUCAGGUUGAUUACAAACUAAGCAUGCCAUUCCAUCAUGGCACAGCAUCCAGUGUAUUUAUCAGAUGAACUGGAGAAAGUGAAACCCCUGCCAAC